AGCAGGAAGAUUGGUUUGGUGUUUGGAUUGCCGGGGAGGGAAUAUGGCAGCCUGCGCAGGAUUGCCAACUAACGCUACUAUUGCUUCAGCAGCACCAUUGCAGCAGCAAAUCUCCAACUCCUCCAUAAAGAAGCUACCCAAUAAACCUUCCUCCCCUGUUUCUGUUUCUGUUUCUCUUUGCUCUUGCUCUUCCUCUUCUAGGUGUUGUACAACUAGGAGUUGUACCACUACCACCACUGAAGAAACUUGUUCGAACCAGAAAUUUAGUUACAGCAGAGCCUCCCCAUCCCUCAGAUGGCCCCACCUCAAAUUCCCAGAAACUCACCACCUCCACCACCAUUCCUCUUUCCCCCAACCGCCCUCUCCCACUACUUCUGCUGUAAAUUUGGUAGGGGAGAUCAAGGGUGGUAGAGCUGAAAGUGCUGACAGAGAAGAAGAGACAAUUUUGUUGAGAGGGAAUGGGGAGGAGGAAGAGGAAGAAGAGGCGUUGCGUUGGCCUAGGCCUACUAGGAAAGCAGCUAAGAAAAUGAACAAACUGGCGUUAAAGAGGGCUAAAGUGCGGAAGAGGGUUCAAUUCUUGACUGAUAGGAUUUUGGGUUUGAAGCCCGAGGAGUUUGUUGCUGACGUGCUUGAUGAGAAGAUGGUUCAGAUGACUCCUACGGAUUUUUGUUUUGUCGUCAAGUGGGUCGGGCAGACCAGUUGGCAGAGGGCACUGGAGGUCUAUGAAUGGCUGAAUCUUCGCCAUUGGUACUCCCCUAAUCCCCGCAUGCUUGCCACCGUGCUCGGUGUGCUUGGUAAGGCCAACCAGGAAGCGCUGGCCGUCGAGAUUUUCACUCGGGCGGAGCCUGGGGUUGCUGCCACUGUCCAAGUGUAUAACGCCAUGAUGGGUGUUCAUGCCCGGAAUGGGCAGUUUACUAGUGUUCGGCAGCUGCUUGACUUGAUGCGCCAACGGGGCUGUGAGCCAGACCUCGUCAGUUUCAAUACUCUGAUCAAUGCACGUUUGAAAGCUGAGCCUUUGUCGCCAAAUUUGGCAAUUCAACUCCUGAAUGAAGUCAGGAGCUCAAAGAUUCGACCUGAUGUCAUCACUUACAACACUCUUCUCAGUGCUUGUUCACGCGACUCCAAUUUGGAGGAGGCCAUGAAGGUUUUCGAUGACAUGGAAGUGAAUAAGUGCCAGCCCGAUCUUUGGACGUAUAAUGCCAUGAUUUCGGUGUUUGCCAGAUGUGGACUACCUGGUGAAGCUGAACGGCUCUUCAAGGAUUUGGAGUCAAAAGGGUUUUAUCCUGAUGUGGUCACAUAUAAUUCUCUACUGUAUGCAUUUGCAAGAGAAGGUAAUGUUCCGAAGGUAGACGAAAUAUGCAGAGAAAUGGUUAAGAUGGGUUUUGGAAAGGAUGAGAUGACUUUAAAUACUAUCAUCAACAUGUAUGGGAAAAAUGGUCAGGUUGGCCUCGCGUUGCAACUGUACAGAGACAUGAAAACAGCAGGUCGGAAUCCUGAUGUAGUUACGUAUACUGUUCUCAUUGACUCGCUUGGAAAAGCAAAUAAGAUUACAGAGGCUGCACAGGUCAUGUCAGAAAUGCUUAAUGCUGGUGUUAAGCCAACUGUCCGUACUUACAGCGCUUUAAUCUGUGGCUAUGCAAAAGCUGGGAAGAGAAUGAAUGCUGAGGAGAUGUUUAAUUGCAUGCUUCGUUCUGGAAUCAAGCCUGAUAGGUUGGCUUAUUCUGUCAUGUUGGACAUCCAUUUAAGGUCUAAUGAAACCAAGAAGGCAAUGAUGUUGUAUCGGGAAAUGGUUGAUGAUGGAUUCUUGCCAGAUCUUUCCCUUUACGAGGUUAUGCUCCGAGUCCUUGGAAGAGAAAAAAAAUCUGAAAGUAUAGAGAAAUUAAUUAAGGAUCUGGAGGAGUUACAUGAACUGAGUCCACAUAUAAUUUCCUCUAUACUUACAAAGGGUGAGUGUUAUGAUUUUGCUGCUGAGAUGUUGAGAUUAGCCAUUGCAAAGGGAUAUAGUUUGGACAAUGAGAACUUGUUAUCUAUCUUGAGUUCUUAUAGUUCAUCUGGGAGGCACUUAGAGGCAAUUGAAUUGCUAAAUUUUCUAAAAGAACAUCCUUCUGGAUCUGACAGAUUCAUAUCUGAAGCCCUCGUUGUUAUCUUCUGCAAGGCUAAUCAAAUGCAUGCUGCUUUGAAGGAAUACCAUGAACUCCGUGAAUUCAGUUUUUUUUCUGGAAGCUUUACCAUGUAUGAUGCCCUCAUCAAGUGCUGUGUGGAGAGUGAACACUUUGCUGAAGCUUCACAAAUUUUCUCUGACAUGAGAUUUAAUGCACUGGAGCCUUCUUGGGAUAUUUAUAGAAUCAUGGCAACUAGUUAUUGUAGACUUGGCUUCCCGGAGACUGGUCAUUUUUUGGUUGAUCAGGCUGAAGCAAGAGGCAUUGCUGUUCAUGACAUAUCCACUUAUAUUGGUCUGAUUGAGGGUUAUGGUAGGUUGAAGUUAUUGGAAAAAGCAGAGAGCAUUGUUGGAAGUCUAAAAAAACAAUGUAGUGUAGUGGACCGGAAGGCUUGGAAUGCAUUAAUACAAGCUUAUGCUGCAAGUGGUUUCUAUGAGAAAGCAAGAGCAGCAUUCAAUACAAUGAUGAGAGAUGGUCCUUCCCCAACAGUAGAAACCAUUAAUGGCCUUCUGCAAGCAUUGAUAGUUGAUGACAGAUUGAACGAGCUUUAUGUUGUAAUACAGGAGCUGCAAGAUAUGGGCUUCAAAAUUAGUAAAAGUUCUAUUAUUUUGAUGCUUGAUGCUUUUGCUCGAGCAGGAAACAUAUUUGAAGUGAAGAAGAUAUACCAUGGAAUGAAAGCUGCAGGAUAUUUUCCGACCAUGCAUCUCUACAGGGUUAUGAUAGAGUUGUUGUGUGGUGGAAAACAGGUAAGAGAUGUUGAAGCUAUGGUUUCAGAAAUGCAGGAAGCGGGAUUCAAGCCUGAUAUAUCCAUAAGGAAUUCAAUGCUGAAGUUGUACACAAAGAUUGAAGAUUUUAAGAAAACAGUUCAAGUAUUCCAGCAAAUUCAAGAAGCUGGACUGGAAGCAGAUGAGGAUACAUACAGUACUCUGAUACUAAUGUACUGUAGGGAUCAUAGGCCAGAAGAGGGGCUUUCUUUGGUGCGUGAAAUGAUGCAGUUAGGUCUGGAACCAAAUCUGGAUACCUACAAAAGCUUGAUUGCAGCGUUUUGUAAACAGCUGAUGGAACAAGCUGAGGAGCUCUUUGAAAGACUCAGGUCAGGAGGGCAUAAACUGAAUCGUUCUUUUUAUCAUUUAAUGAUGAAGAUGUACAGAAACUCUGGAAAUCAUUCUAAAGCUGAAAAGCUGAUGGUUGUGAUGAAGGAAUCCGGAGUGGAACCAACCAUCGCUACAAUGCAUUUGCUUAUGACUUCUUAUGGCAGCUCUGGCCAGCCGAUGGAAGCUGAAAAAGUUCUUAACGAUUUAAAAUUAACGGGUUUAACUCUUGGUACACUGCCAUAUUGUUCCGUCAUUGAGGCUUAUCUCAAGAAUGGAGAUCGUGAUAUUGCCAUUCAAAAGCUCCUGGAGAUGAGAGCAGAAGGUCUGGAACCAAAUCACAUGAUAUGGACUUGCUUUAUUCGAGCUGCAAGUAUGUGUCACAGUACUUCUGAGGCUAUAAUACUAUUAAAUGCCAUUGCUGACGCUGGGUUUGAUCUCCCACUAAGGUUUCUUAGAAAUAGUUCAGAGUUAUUGGUAUUAGAGAUGGAUCGCUAUCUUGCAGAAUUAGAGCCAUUGGAAGAUAAUGCUGCAUUUAAUUUUGUAAAUGCUUGACUAUUGUGGGCUUUCGAACUUCGGGCCACUGCAUCAUGGAUUUUCCAAUUGGCAAUCAAGAGAAACAUUUAUCCGCAUGACAUAUUCAGGGUGGCUGACAAGGACUGGGGGGCUGACUUUAGAAAGUUAUCGGCUGGUGCUGCUCUUGGCUUAACAUUAUGGCUUGACCACAUGCAGGAUGCUUCAUUGGAGGGUGUCCCAGAAUCUCCAAAAUCUGUGGUGCUGAUAACAGGUGCAUGAUACAAUCAUGUCUCACUGAACAGCACAGUGAAGGCAUACCUAUGGGAAAUGGGAUCUCCAUUUUUGCCUUGUAAAACUCGGAGUGGUCUCCUAGUUGCAAAAGCUCAUUCCUUGAGGAUGUGGUUGAAGGAUUCUCCAUUUUGCCUGGACCUCGAGUUGAAAAACAACUCAACCCUCCCAGAGACAAACUCUAUGCAGCUAAUUGAAGGAUGUUAUAUUAGAAAGGGCCUUGUUCCUGCUUUUAAGGAGAUAAAGGAGAGGCUUGGCCCAGUGAGACCUAAGAUGUUUUCACGGCUGGUUUUGCUGCCAGACGAGAAAAGAGAUAGGGUAAUCCGAGCUGAUAUAGAAGGGAGGAAGAAAAAGUUGAUCAAAUUUGGAAAAGCUAGGGCUGUUGGGAGGAAGAGUGUGCAAUUCAAGAAAAGGAAGUUUGUAAGGAGUUCUAAGCCAUCAAACUCGGGAAUGUGAGAUCAAAUAGGGCUGGCUUGCAGUUUUGACUGCCAAAGAAAGUCAAGCCUGUUUCCAAUUGAUUCAAUAGUUGUGAAGUGAAUGUAGCAAGAUGGUCGUAUGCCCAGCUUAUUUAUGGGAACACCAUCAGCGGUGAUGACUUUGACAAAUUCAAGAAGUGAGAGCCUUCUGUAAUGUUGGAACAUUUGAAUGAAGAACAGCUGAACCUUGAAGUUGAUUGGGGAUUUUCGGGGACGCUGGCUUGCUAUGGUCGGACUAUCAUUGUUGUUGAUCAAUGGCACUUUCCUUUUGUGAUGCUGGAAGUUGUGAGAGCAUACGCCUUGCGUACAAGUAGCUGACAGAUUAGCACUCGUUUCAAAGCUGAUCGCUAUUUGCGCAUCCUUUGUUCGGCGGAAGUUCCCGAGUACGCAAAUAGAAGACUCCAUGAAACAAGGACUCAUUCAUUUAUUCCGCAGUCUAGAACUUCUUUGCUGUUAUUAGCUUCACCAGGAAAGGUAUGGGAAAUUGUAUCCCUGGCAUUUUAGCUUGAGAAUUUAGCUUUAGUCAGAUUCUGCAAACUAUAAAUCUUACUGGUUGAGGAUUUUAAGAUUUCCUGGUCUGUCUUUUGGAACCUUUAUUUUUUCUGAAUUUGAGGGCUAAGCUUCUGCAACUGCAAUGAUAUGUUGGUUGAUUUUCGUUUCAAUCAUCAGUGUUUUUUGGACUUU